UCUUAUUUUGAAGCGUCUGAGGCCAAUGAGAGCUACGUCCCGCAGCUUUCUGCAUGGUCUGGGUACCACCCGAUCCAUCUUCGACGAAGGUUAUAUAUACCUGCUCGUCGCCUCAUUCGAUGCGCUCGUUCUUGCUCGCUUGGAACACGCUCUCGAGCAACACUAGACCCUUAUCCUAAGACUGGACGUCCACUGCCUGCUUUCAUCAUGGGGAUCUCCGACAAGACCGACAUUGAGGUCGCGUCCGACACCAUCAAUGACAUCCAGGAAGGCGUCGUGACCGACAACAAGGAUGCGCUGAAACGCCGCCUUGGGAACCGACAGAUCCAGCUUCUAGCAAUCGGAGGCACGAUCGGAACUGGACUUUUCGUCAGCAUCGGUGGCGCUCUCAACAAGGCUGGUCCUGCCAGUCUCUUCCUCGCAUACUUCAUCUAUAGCAUCAUGCUCGGACUGGUCAACAACUGUCUGGCCGAGAUGACUGUAUACCAGCCGGUAUCUGGUGGCUUCAUCCGCCUGGCCGGCGAAUGGGUUGACGAUGCGUUCGGUUUCAUGGCCGGAUGGAACUUCUUUCUAUAUGAAGCGCUCUUGAUCCCGUUCGAGAUCACCGCGCUAUGUAGCGUCCUAGGAUACUGGCGUGACGAUAUUCCUGCCGGAGCCGUAAUUGGUGCCUGUAUUGUCCUCUAUGCAUUGAUCAACGUACUCGCCGUUAAGAACUACGGAGAGGCCGAAUUCUACCUCAGCAGUGGCAAAGUCAUCCUUAUCCUCAUGCUCUUCUCGUUUACCUUCCUGACGAUGUGUGGAGCUAACCCCAAGCAUGACGCAUUCGGUUUCAGGAACUGGGGCAUUCCGAACGCCUUCCAUGAAUACCGGACCACCGGCAACCUGGGACGAUUCGAAGGCUUCUUGGCGGGCUUGUGGAGUGCUUCUUUCACGGUUGUCGGACCUGAAUACUUGAGUUUACUCGCCGCAGAAGCAAAACGUCCAACUGUCUACCUCAAGGCCGCCUUCAAGACUGUGUACUGGCGUUUCGGGUUGUUCUUCAUCGGUGGUGCGCUAGCCGUGGGAAUCCUCAUUUCUUCACAAGACCCCACACUCGUCAAGAUCCUGGCUGGCGGAAAGGGAGGCGGGACUGCUGCGGCGUCUCCUUACGUUAUUGCGAUGCAAAACCUCGGCGUCACCGGACUGCCGCACUUGGUCAAUGCUCUCCUCAUCACUUCGAUCUUUUCAGCUGGCAACUCGUACGUCUACUGCGCGAGCCGAUCCCUCUACUCUCUCGCGCUCGAGGGCCGCGCACCCGGAGUCUUGAAAUACUGCACGAAGAGCGGUGUCCCGCUUUACAGCUUCAUCGUGGUCAUGAUCUUCCCCUGCUUGGCCUUCCUGCAGCUCAGCAACGAUGCCAACCAAGUUCUGACCUGGCUCAUCAACCUCGUGACUGCCGGUGGUGUCAUCAACUACAUCGUCAUCACCAUCACCUUCAUCUUCUUCUACCGUGCCUGCCAAGCACAGGGGCUCGAGCGUCAGACUCUUCCCUACACCGGCUGGUUCCAGCCUUACUCUGCCUACAUCGGCCUGGGCUGGAUGAUCUUUAUCGUCUUCACCUACGGUUACUCGUCCUUCUCGCCGUUCGACGUCACCAGCUUCUUCACCUACUACGCCAUGCUCAUCUUGGCGCCCAUCCUCUUCGUCACCUGGAAGCUCAUCAAGCGCACCAAGUUCGUCCCCGCCAGCAAAGCCGAUCUCAUCUGGGAGCGUCCCAUCGUGGAGGCGUACGAGGCGACUUUCAUUGACCCGCCGAGCUCUUUCUGGACCGAGAUGCUCCAGCUUAUCGGCCUGCGGAGGGGCAAGGGCCUGGACAGGCGCACCGGAAGCAUUGCAGAGUAGAAAAGCUGCACAGGGUUGUUCUGUAGCAGCGUGAUGAUUUAUCAUUCUAGCACAUCUCACGAAUCAUGAUAUCCACAUCCGCAUUGUACUUUCAGCGUAAUCUAAGCGCGUUCAGAGCCCAGGUCGGGACAUUUGGCGAAUGCUUUCGUCGGGUCCAGACAAAUUCUAUCCGGUGCUGGUCAGUUGC